AUGACUACGGAUACCAGUCAUAGUGGCUCGGGAGAUGGAGAGCAGCGACAACCGGCUGCAGAACGAAACGCUGCGUAUGUGCCUCGCUUCAGGCGCAUGGACAAGACUGGAAGACCAGUCAACAUUGACGAUACAAUGGUCACGGUGUACUACGACAGUCCUAGAUCUCGUGCAGGCAGAUCCAGCGUAUGGGUGUCGAAGAAGUUGCUCAUAGCCGAGAGCGCAUAUUUCAGAGCAAUGCUUGAGGGUUCAUUCAAGGAGUCGAUUACCGGUGUCAUCCACCUCCACGAGGAUAGCGUGCAAGCAGCAAAUUAUGCUCUUCGAUCCAUCGCAACAGGUGAUCCAAAGUCCUAUCUUCGAGCAGUAGCUCAGAAUAACGAUCGAACCUUUACUUCGAUUGAAGCCGCCCAGGACUUGUAUACUUUCACCGACAAGUACGGAAUGACGUCCCUCCAUGAGUUCAUCGUCGACGAGAUGCUACCAGGGGUUUGGGCUCGGGUAUGGGUUGGUGAAGAACGCACCAUGAAUUCUGUGCUCCGCUGUCGACUCACCGCAGCUGAUUUCAAGCGCGAUCACUACGACCACUUCACCCAGUACUUCUCCGAGUUUCCCAAGGACCUAUGGACACUCUGCGUUGCAGCUCUUCUGCACUAUCAGCGAACGGAACCGGAGAGUGGUCUCUUGCGUCGAAUCAUUCAUGCGAUCCAGAGAUGGUUUGCCAUGUAG